GCUAUCGGAUUCAUAACACUUUUCCGGCAGUUAUCAUUUCACUUUGUAUUGAACUCCAUACAAAAGAAAAAGAAAAAAAAUCUGAAAGUUUAAAACCUUUAACUGGUCGACUGUCUUUCUUGUAGUGUAAGACAUGGGCAAACUUUCAGUUCGAGAAAUUUUGUUACUUUCCAUCUUAUGGUUUGGAAUAUUUUGUAAUUAUGUAUGUUAUUCCAUCAUUGCUCCUUUCUUCCCUCAACUGGCUCGAACGAAGGGGCUAGACGCAAUUGAAUAUUCUAUGGUUUUCGGCGCUUAUAGUGUGUCCCAAGUAAUCUUCAGCGUCAUUUCUGGCAAAUUUCUUACAAAAAUUGGAUGCAAGUUCAUCAUUGUUUCAGGAUUGUUCCUGACAGGUGGCGCCACAGUCCUUUUUGGAUGUCUUGAAAAGUCACCAGGAGGAAAAGUAUUCCUAAUACUUAGUAUUUUAAUUCGAAUGGUAGAGGGCGCCGGUUUUGCUGCUUACCUAACCAGUGUCCUUGCGGUAGUUGUUAAAACAUUCCCCGAGAACCCAGGAUACUAUGUCGGGCUCACAGAGACAAUUAUAACUGUAGGAAUGAUUGCAGGGCCACCUGCUGGAAGUUUCCUGUACUUGCUUGGAGGAUACCACACACCUUUUGUCGUAUUUGGAACGUUAAUUAUGCUCACGGCCAGUGCUUCUGUAUGGACUGUGAACACAAGCUCUGAUAAUCAGUCAAGAGAAAAACCCUCUGCUCUAACAGUCCAGGAAUAUCUGCACAUACUUAAGUUGCCGGCAACCAUUCUCUCCAUACUCUGCGUGACCCUAAAUGUUGUAGCCGAUGCUUUUAUUUUAAUCACUCUUAGCGAUCAUUUACAACAGUUUUCUCUACAUCCUCUGGAGGUUGGAUGUGUCUACCUUUGCCUGUUCAUAUCCUACGCUUUCAGCUCACCUAUUGCUGGAAGAUUAGCAGAUAAACUUAAGCUGGAAUACAUUCUUCAAUGCGUUGGAUCACUCGUAUUAGUUGUGUCCUUUAUGCUGAUUGGUCCAGUUGCUUUUCUUCCUCUCUCCCCUAAAGUGUGGUUGGUGACGGUUGGUCUGCUACUCAAGGGUUUUGGGGCAGGGCCUCUUAUUUCCUGUUCUUACUCUGCAUGUCUACGGUCUGCCAGACAAAAAGGAGGCCUGCCUGAAAAUUUCAGGACAUAUAGUCUGGUAUCGUCCAUUGUCUCGUUUUCUAUUCCCCUGGGGAAUUUAAUUGGAGGGUUCACAGCUGGGGUGAUGCUGGAAGAGUUAGGGAUGUCUUGGUCUACUACCAUUCAUGCUUUCGUGUUCGCCAGUCUGGCAGUUGCAUGCCUGUUUGUUCACUUUUUCGACAAACUAAUCCUUCCAACCAAAGAAAAAGAUCCCACAGAACACACACCUCUGUAUAUAUCCAUAUUAGACGAAAAGAUUCGUAAUGGAAAGCCUACUUCACAGUUGAACUGUCACGAUAAAGAGCUUGACUAUCAAAACUUCGACGAGUUGUCUAAUGAUGCCACUCAGCAAACUGCUAACGAAUUGCUGGAAACACUUCUCAAGUCACAAGGCGUUUACUGAAAAGGAAAGUGGAUAAACAUUAAUACAACUGGAGAUUGCUCUGCUCAAUCAUUCGUGGUGGGAUGCAUGCAAUUUGAAGCCUGUUGAUAAUGCAACAUGAAGGUGCCAAUCUCAAAACUCUUACUCGUCCAUAAUUCCAUUGUAUUGUAUUACUCUUGUGAAAUGCAUGCAAUUUGAAGCCUGUUGAUAAUGCAACAUGAAGGUGCUAAUCACAAAACUCUUACUCGUCCAUAAUUCCCUUGUAUUGUAUUGCUCUUGUGAAAUGCAUGCAAUUUGAAGCCUGUUGAUAAUGCAACAUGAAGGUGCCAAUCACAAAAUUCUUACUCGUCCAUAAUUCCCUUGUGUUGUAUUACUCUUGUUGCAUCUGCAUCUCACAAUCACUUACUUUUGCCAAACUCUAACUAUCUAUCAUUCAUCUUUUUUUAUAUAUAUUUUGUCAAAUUUCUAAUUAACAAAUAGUGGAAUUGAAAUGCUCUUUGCAGCUUCAGUCCGCCAGUAAGAUUUGUUUUCUGUAUUACGAUCGCUAAAAGCUGCUUUUUUUAACAUGUUAUACAAAAUGGAAACCAUAGUUUCACGUUCAUCUUAUUUAGUUAUUUUAUAGAUUCUUGAUGAUCCGAUGUAAUAAAAAAGAAUGGGAUCAAAAUGUGAACAAGUAGUUAUCUUCUACGUUUUAAUUUCCAUACGAUCUCAACUGUUGAUAAUUCACAACAACGACGAUAUGUUCACCAGUAACUUUCACCCAAGUGUACCAAAUAAUACGAUUUUAGGAGCGUGCCUUGAUUCUAAAAAUCCGUUGUUUAUUACACCAACUUUUCAGUUUAAGGACAGUGUUAACAUCACAUUAAGUUACAUAAAUGACUAUUAUUCAAUAAAAUAACAAUCAGGCACACAACCACGAUUUUUUUAAGGAGACGACUCACUUCCAAUCCACCAGUUUAUGAAUGACAUAUUAUAGUUGAUGUCUUUCGUAUAAUUUAUAAUUGUUACUGAGCGAAUAACAAAAAAAAGCGUAUUUCCCUUUGUUUCAAAGCAGUUCAGAUUACAGAUAAGUAUUCAGCUAUCUAGAUAUGACUUUUUCUAGAACAUAUUUUUGCACAACUUUUCAUAGUUUAAAGCUAUGGGGAAGGGUCUCUAACUCCCCAAGGGGAUCUUCCGUACACGCAUACUAGAAUUCUGGAAGGCUGCAAUGCAUUCUAUACUACUUUUUGCGGUUAUUCAUUACUUUUUUCUUCAAGUUAACUAAA